AUGGCCCAACAACAUACAGAACAGCUGGAUUCUCAGCAACAAAAGCCAGUGUCUUCAUUGACCAAACUUUUAAAUGAAUCGUCGACGUCGGUAUCGCAACCAAAGCAGCAGCAGCAGCAGCAACAGCAACAACAGCAACAAGGGGAGCGAACUGAAACACCAGCAUCAGGUAGUAAUAGAUCCUCACUGAAUGAAAACGGCUCUGCGUCGGAGCUCAACUUUGGAAAAAAGCCUAUACCUCAGCCCAUUACUACAUCAGGGUUGGCCGUUGAACCACAAGUUAUUAAUGGGUUUGAACCAUCACCAAAUACUCAGUUUCCACAUGUCCAGCUGUCAUUUACUCCAACAUCUCCCUUCACUAGACAGUCAGCCAGCUCGUUUUCCAGUCAAGUGGUUUCACAAUCGCCGAGGAACUUUUCCAGUCCCAGGUACUUGCGCAACAACUCCAUCAGCCAUUCAUCUUUUAGUGCAGGUGGUGGUGGGUUAGGCGGAGCUGAAAGUCUAUCUUCCUCGAUACCGUAUUGCGCACCAGGUGGAAGACCUGGUAAUACUGCUGCAUCGGCUAAUGGAACCGGUGCAGCAAAUGCAUCAUCAUCUUUGUCACAACGAGAGGCUAUUUAUGCUGAUGAUGCAAGCUUAAACUCGUCAGCGUCCUCAUCUUCGCAUAUACCCAAUAUACCUAAUGGGCAAUUCAUCAACUCCAUACAUAUUCAAUCGCCACAAGUGAAUGCAUCGAGUAUAGAUUCGCGAUUUGUUGUUUCAAAACAACGUAUUGCUCAGGCACAAGCAGCUCAACAAGCACAGCUAGUGGGAAGUGCAUCGCAACGCUCUGGUUCCCAAUCUGGCUUGUCUUCGUUCUUUUCUUCAAAGAGCAAGCCAUCAAAAAGGGAUUCGUCAUCAACGGACUUAGGAUCAUUCUACAACAAUGCUGCUUCCACUUCGUUCCAAGACAAUAAUGAAAUCUCUGGAUCACCUGCAAGUUACUCCUCAUCAGAAUCAAUCUUGACUGCCCCAAACUACAACGGAAACCCACCAACAAGGCAUAACUCAAUGUCCAACUUGAAGAGGUUUUUCAAGAAAUCCACUCCGAGUGCACAGCAAUCACCAGCAACUUCAAAUUUGUCUUCGUCAUUGCGAUCCAAUAAUGGAAUCAGUAUCCCCGCUGCAAACGCUGUCAAUAUACCUUCUUCAUCAAUCCCCAACAACAACUCAUCUUUUCCCAACAAUUCAUCGUUUACAGCCACUCCUUCCAACGCGUCAAUUACAAACUCACCAGGAGGAGGCUCCUCAAUCUCCAUCAGUCGCUCCUCUACUUUGCUGAAUAAAAUCAAGUACCAAGAACGCCGCCAAUCAGUGCUGCAGGUUAUUAAUCCAGCAGCACAGCAAUUGCCAUUUCUGAAAAGGUACGGCAAAUGGGAAGAAAGCUUGGGGGCAGGUGCUGGAGGUGCAGUCAAGUUAGUCAAGAGAUUAAGCGACAACAAAACAUUUGCCGUUAAAGAAUUUAGAGCCAAGUACCAAAGCGAAAGUAAACGAGACUAUGCUAAAAAGAUUACUGGAGAAUAUUGUGUUGGGUCAACUUUGAAACAUCCGAAUAUCAUAGAAACUAUCGAAAUUUGUUACGAAAAUGACCGGAUUUUGCAAGUUAUGGAGUAUUGCGACUACGAUUUAUUUGCCAUUGUCAUGUCAAACAAGAUGUCGCGAGAAGAAAUCAAUUGUUGUUUCAAACAAGUCUUGUCUGGAGUUCACUACUUGCAUUCAAUAGGAUUAGCUCAUCGUGAUUUGAAAUUGGAUAACUGUGUCAUUGACGCAAGAGGUAUCGUCAAGAUUAUCGACUUUGGAUCAGCGGUUGUUUUCUCGUAUCCCUUCUCCAAAACAUUGAUUGAAGCACAAGGCAUUGUUGGAUCAGAUCCAUACUUGGCUCCUGAAGUUUGUGUUUUCAACAAGUAUGAUCCUCGUCCGGUUGAUGUUUGGUCGGUGGCUAUGAUUUAUUGUUGUAUGAUGUUGAAGAAGUUUCCGUGGAAAGUGCCCAAAUUAUCCGACUCCAGCUUUAAAUUGUUUGCCACGCGAGGUGAAUUUGUUCCGAUUUCAGAAAUGUUGAAACGGACACCACAAGAUGUGCAGAAUUUGACCAGUGGUGGAUCAUCUGGAGCAUUGAGCAAUUUGGGCGAUAUUAGCGAGGCAUUGGAGGAGGAUAUAUCGCAAAUGUCGAUCCCAAGACAAGGACAAGGACAAGGACAAGGUGGCCAACAAAAGCCACCAAAGCCACAAGAGGGUACGAAGCGCGAUGCGCCAAAUGGCGGGGCAAAAGACCAUACAUCUAGUGAUACCGGUGCCGACAGAUUACUCCUUGCCUUGCCAGAAGAUUGUCGUCGUUUGAUAGGGCGUAUGGUCGAGUUGGCGCCCGCGUGUAGGAUCACUAUUGAUGAAGUGUUUGAGGAUGACUGGUUGAAGUCAGUGAAUAUGUGCUCAGUGGAAGAGACUGAACCCGGUAGUGGUGUGUACGAAGUUCUCAAGUGUGAUGACCAUGAGCAUACACAAGUUGACCAGUCAAAGGCACAUAUUGCUGCAUUUGAAAAGAAUAAAAAGAGAUAA